CACACACACACAACACCAACAGUACGAGGAGAGAGAGAGAGCGUGGCAUUAAUUCACAGAAAAGAAAAACCCCGCGUGUAGAUACAAAAGUUGUAUAUAUAUUCACCCACCACACAAAAUAUAUAUGGACUAAUUAAUAAGAUUAUUACUAUUAUGAAGUGGGGAAAGAAAAUAUGUGAGUGGUGUGGAGAGAGACAGAUCAUGUACAUAGAAACGGUAAAAACGAGAGAGCAAGGUCCAUCAUAUAAUUAAUCAUAAUACACUACUACACUUUUAGUAGGUGGAAACAAAGUCUUCAACAAGAUUCACACACACACAAACACACAUAUUAUACACAUUGCCUGUGUAUUACCAGUGAAGGGUUUGUUUUUUGGGGGAAAAAAUAAAAAAAAGAAAGUAGAGAGAGAAAGAGGAGAGAGAGAGAGAGAGAAAAUGGGGAGGGGAAGAGUGCAGUUGAAGAGAAUAGAGAACAAAAUAAACAGGCAGGUGACAUUUUCAAAGAGGCGAUCUGGUCUUCUUAAGAAAGCUCACGAGAUUUCAGUUCUGUGCGAUGCCGAUGUUGGUUUGAUUGUCUUUUCCACCAAAGGAAAGCUGUCUGAAUAUGCUUCUGAUUCUAGCAUGGAAAGGAUCCUCGAACGAUACGAUCGAUAUUCAUACGCUGAAAAGAAGAUGAAAGAACCAGAUCUCGAAUCCCCGGCAAGUUGGAGUUUAGAGCAUGCAAAGCUAAAGGCAAGGAUGGAGGUUUUGCAGAGAAAUCAGAAGCAUUAUAUGGGAGAUGAGCUUGAUAAUCUUAGCACGAGGGAGCGGCAGAAUUUAGAACACCCACCCGAGGGUUCUCUUAAGCACACUCGAGCACGCGAGAUUUAA